ACGAGGGGCCGCGGCGGCUCAGGAGCGGGUGGCGGGCGUCUGAGAAGUUGCCACCAUGAGGAAGCUCUUCAGCUUCGGGAGACGCCUGGGCCAGGCGCUCCUGAGCUCCAGGGACAAAGAGUACGCGGGUCCCGGGUACCACAUCCGGGACUGGGAACUGCGGAAGAUCCGCAGGGCGGCCAUCAAGGGCGACGCGGCGGAGAUGGAGCGCUGCCUGAGGCGGUUUCGCUACGUGGACGCCCGCGACAGAAAGGACAGGACUGUUCUACAUUUGGCCUGUGCCCAUGGCCGUGUGGAAGUGGUUACUCUCUUGCUGAGCAGAAGUUGCCAGAUUGACAUCUGUGACAGACUUAACAGGACACCGUUAAUAAAGGCUGUACAUUGCCAGGAAGAGGCUUGUGCAAUUAUUCUCCUGGAACAUGGCGCCAAUCCAAACAUUAAGGAUAUCUAUGGCAACACUGCUCUCCAUUAUGCUAUGUAUAACAAGGGAACUUCACUGGCAGAAAAACUGCUUUCCCACCGUGCAAAUAUUGAAGCACUAAAUGAGGAGGGAAACACUCCACUUUUGUUGGCUAUAGAUUCUACGAGACAGCAAAUGGUGGAAUUUUUAUUGAAGAACCAGGCAAAUAUACAUGCCGUUGACAGUUUCAGAAGAACAGCCCUCAUGCUUGCUGUGCAGUAUAACUCGUCAAGUAUUGUCAGCCUCCUCCUCCAACAAAAUGUAAAUAUCUUUUCUCAAGACAUGUUUGGCCAAACUGCUGAGGAUUAUGCUGUUUGUUGUGAUUUGAGAAGCAUUCAACAACAAAUUUUGGAACAUAAAAAUAAGAUACUUAAAAAUCAUCUUCGAAAUGACAAUCAAGAAACAGCAGUUGUGAAGCCUGCAAAUUUGAAAAAAAGGAAAGAAGGUGCAAAAGAACACAACUUAAAAGUGGCUUCAGAGGAAAAGCAAGAAAGGCUUGAAAGAAGUGGAAAUAAACAGCCGCAGGAUUCUCAGAGUUACGGAAGAAAGAAGGAUGUGAUGUAUGGAAAUGACAUAUUGAAGAGAGACAUUGCCAUGCUCAAACAGGAAUUAUACACAAUAAAAAAUGACAGUCUCAGAAAGGAAAAAGAAUAUAUUCAGGAAAUUAAAAGUAUUACAGAAAUGAAUGCUAACUUUGAAAAGAGUGUAAGACUUAAUGACGAAAUGAUAGCAAAAACAACGGCCCAGUAUUCGCAAUAGCUUAAUGAACUGAAAGCUGAGAAUACAAGGCUGACUUCAAAAUUGGAGAAGGAAAAACACAAGAAAGAAAGACUAGAAGCUGAAGUUGAAUCGCUCCAUUCUAGCCUGGCCACUGCUAUACAUGAGUACAAUGAAAUUUUGGAAAGAAAAGACCUGGAACUAGUUUUAUGGAGAGCAGAUGAUGUUUCUGGACAUGAAAAAAUGGAUUCCAGUAUUUCUCAACUAACAGAUACGAAUGAGUUGCUUACCAAACAGCUUUCUAAAGCUCGGGUGAAGUUCAGUACCUUAAAAGGUAAGCUUCAUGAGACAAGAGAUGUUCUCAGGGAAAAGACACUGGCUUUAGAAAGUGUACAGAUGGACCUAAAGCAAGCGCAGUAGCGAUUAAAGGAAAUGAAGCAGAUGCAUCCAAAUGAGGAAGCUAAAGAAAGUCAAUCCUUUGGAAAGCAGAACUCUUUAGAGGAGAGAAUACAUCAACAAGAACUUGAAAAUCUAUUGCUUGAACAACAACUAAAGAACGUUUAUAAGGAAGGCAAUAAUAAAGUCAUUAAUAUCCAAGAAGACUGUCUUGAGAAUGGAAAGGAAGAUCUUACAGAAGAAAAAAAUACGGAAUUAAUGAAUGAAUAUGAUUAUUUAAAAGAAAAACUGUUUCAAUAUGAAAAAGAAGAAGCAGAAGGAGGAGUGAUUGUGAGACAACUUCAAGUAGAACUGGCUGAUCACCUUAACAAAUUUUCUAUGUCAGAAUCUCUACUGGAAGAUACAUCACAUCGUCAUAUUAAUUUGGAUGAGACACGGGCUUCAAAGAAGAAAUUAUUUCAAGUAGGAAGUCAACCUGAAGAAAAACACGAAGAAUUCAGAAAACUUUUUGAGUUAAUAUCAUCACUGGACUAUAAUGUGGAUCAAAUGAGAAAGAAAAAUCAUAAAUUAGAAGAAGAGACAACUGGACUGUGGUCAACGGAUAUCAAAAUGUAUUUUUGUGUCUUUUUCAAACAUAUAUUAGAAAUGACAAUAAAUAUGUUAAAUGUAUUUGGAAAUGAAGACUUCAGUUGCCAUGGAGACUUAAAUACAGAUCAACUGAAAAUGGAUAUUCUGUUUAAGAAGCUAAAACAGAAGUUUGAUGAUCUUACGGCCGAGAAGGAAGCUGUAUCUUCAAAAUGUGUCAAUUUGGCUAAAGACAAUCAAGUUCUUCAACAGGAGUUUUUAUCUAUGAGAAAAAUACAAGAGAAAUGUGAAAAACUUGAGGAGGAUAAAAAGAUAUUGGAAGAGUUAACUCUUAAGACACAUAUGGAAAACAAUAUGGUAGAACUUGGUAAAGUACAAGAAUAUAAAUCAGAGCUAGAUGAAAGGACAAUGCAGGCAAUAGAAAAAUUAGAAGAAAUCCAUUUACAGGAACAAGCAAAAUAUGAAAAACAAUUAGAGCAGUUAAACAAGGAUAAUACGGCUUCACUAAAUAAGAAGGAACUCACACUUACAGAUGUGGAAUGUAAAUUCUCCAACAUGAAAACUGCUUAUGAAGAAGUUACAACCGAAUUAGAAGAAUAUAAGGAAGCCUUUGCAGUAGUAUUGAAAGCUAACAAUUCCAUGUCAAAAAAACUUUACAGAUCGAAUAAGAAAAUAGCAGUGAUCAGCACCAAGCUCCUUAUGGAGAAAGAGCGGAUGAAAUAUUUUCUCAGCACUCUUCCUACAAGGCCGGACCCAGAGUUACCUUGUAUUGAAAAUCUUAAUAGUAAAGGACUCAACAGAAAAGAUAUUUCCAAAACGCCCAUAAGAAUUCCUACUUCAAACCCACAGACUUCAAAUAACUGCGAGAACUCCUUAACUGAGGUGGAGUCGGACUGUGUAGAACAAAUAAUUAGAGAAACAAAGAAAACUUUUGCUGUGUUGGGCACUUGCUCCCAUCUACUUUCUUCUCUAGAAUCCACUGAGUUGGAGCCACCGAGGAAACAGGUGAGCCCUCCCCAGCACACACUAGUCCCCAACAGAAGAACCACUGCUGCAUCCACUGAGAUAGAGACACACAGCAGAGUCUGUGAGUGGCUCUGCGUGAAGGACUGUUUUCUAGGUGAGAGGCACAUCUCAACACAGCUGACUAAUCAGACUCAGCAAUUCCAUUCUGCAUCUGCUCUGGACCCCAGGACCACCAGGACAACCCCAUCAGGGCCCUGUCACCAGGUCCAGUCUGGCUCCAAUACCAAGACGCAGGUCCAGAGACAACCGCCCUGCAUGGUGCCUGCAUCUGACCCCCCUUGGUGGGUAGUGAUGAAAACAUGGAAGAAGCCAGGGCAGCAUGCGGACAGCUGCCCUGCAGCCCCAGAUGGCACCUGGCCCUGGGGACGUCAUUCUCAAAGGGGAAGCUGGAAACUUUGAUGUCCCUGGAGAGAAGGGUAAACGUGGCCUCCCAACAACCCUAGCAGCCAGCAGCAUGCCAUACAUCUUCUCACCCAACCUGUGGGACAGAGGCCCCCUCCUGGGGAACAAGAUCCAUAUCUAAAGGGUCUUGACCCAGUCGGGCCUCAUCCUGGGCCCUGGGAGCGGAGAGGCACUGUGGGCCCCCAGCAGCAGCCAGGAUUACCACUCAGGGGACUCAGCCUUCUGUGGCCCUGGCCAGACUUAGAAUUUGGCACAAGAGAGGACAAGCUCACUCAGCGCAGCUUGUUAAUACCCAGGGCCUGUGCAUGCCAUGCAAGGCCAAGCUGACUCAAAGAGCAACCAGCCACCUCUGCAAGGGUGUGCCUGGAGCAGGUAGACCAGCCACCAACCUCACCCACUCAAGGAAGCAGGGGUGGCCAGGCUUGGCCUUGCCUGGCAUGCACAGGCCUCAGUGCAACAACUGUGCUACAAAUGGAGCCACAUAGAGAAAAUGAGCAGCAGGCUCAGGAGCAGGGUGUGCGCUGCCCUUGGGGCCCCAGUCCAUGCUUCAGGGCUCCUACAGCACUGUGGGCUUCUUGGGUGCCAAGAGGCAGACCACAGGCCAUCUUGGGGACGACUCUAUGCUGAAGUACAGAAAGGGCCCAAUCUGGUGGAUGAACCACACAGCCAGCUUCUGGCUGCGGGCACAGUGCCACAUCUUCCAUCACUUCCUGAUGUGCCCCACCAGUGCUGAAGAGACAGCCUGGAGACAGGGCAAGAGGAAGGCUGAGAAGGAUGAGAUGGUGAAUUCCAGCUUCUUCCUGACCCUGAGCCCACCCCCAGGAUGACCCUCAACCUUUAGGAGUGGGAGAGCAAGAUUGACAGCUUCAAGUGAUUCACCAAAAAGAUGGACAGCAGGACACUCAGCUCAACUUCACAGCCAGUGAGUUGACAUGCAAGCAGAUGACGGUGACAGGCUUUAAGAAAGAGCAUCAGAAGGCAGCCAGUUCUUCAGCCUCGGCCAGGUCUUGGAGCUGGAACAGGCCAUCAUUUCACCAGAGAUACCUUCAACACCGUCAGUGAGCUCUUUGCCAGUCAACCCAGGCAGGACCUGGACCCAGUCAUGGACCUGUUGGGGCUGUCUCAGGGACACCAGGCCAACAUCCUAGACAUCAUCCACAUACACAAGGAAGCUUUUACCAAUGUCACGAAAAGCAGGCAAUGUGGGGCAGAAGGGAAGACAGAGGUGCAGAGGCUGAUGACAUCAGAAUCACAGGAAUAGGAUUUCUUGGGACACUGUGGCUGAAAUUCACCAUUUUCAUCCAAUUUGAGUGAGAAACAUGGACUCACAGAUGCAGCAUUUCUUGCAACAAGAGAUACUAUUUUUUCAAAAAGUCACCCAGGAAUUGAUAGUGUUAAAUGACUAGAUACUCCUUUGUGGACUGUUUCCAGUUCAAGGAUACUUUCUACAGCAGAAUAAUAACACUAAAAAAGAGCUAGUGCCAGCUAUUGGUGGUAGGACAAGGAUGCUUUUGUUCUCAGUUGAAACUCAGCUGAAUAUAGAAUUGUGUAGGAAACAGUUAAUAAGGUGAUAGAAUAGAAAGAGUAGCAAACAUGAACUAAAUCAGGCUAUGAAUGCCUACACCAGCAGUGUAACUUUUGGAAGAAAGAUACCACUUACUUUAUUGCUUUUUAAAGUAUGAAUAUUUUAGUGUAUAUGCUGUAGACUUCAUGUGAAGAGUCUCAAAGAAGCUGGCUGUAUAAAGCCUGCUGUGGAUGUCUUUACACUCAAAGACUGAUGAUGCAAUUUGAAUAAGUGUCCCCACCAAAUCUCAUGUUGAAUUAUAUUUCCUAAUGUUGAAGGUAGAUCCUGGUCUAAGGUGAUUGAAUCCUGAAGGCAAAUUUCUCAUGAAUGGUUUAGCAGCAUCCUCUCGCUACUGUCCUCACAAUCAUGAGUGACUUCUCAUGAGACCUGGUCAUUGAAAACUCUAUGUCACCUCCCUACUCUGCACGUUUUGCUCUUGCCAUGUGAGACAAUUCUCUCUUCGCCUUGCACGAAGAUUGAAAGAUUUCUGAGGCCUCCCAGAAGCAGAAGCCAGUGUGCUUCCUGUCCACCCUGCAGAACCAUAAGCCAAUUAAACCUCUUUUUCAAAAUGAAUCAUACAGAAAAUGGCAAAUGAGGACUGGAGCAUUGCUAUAAAGAUACCUGAAAAUGUGGAAGCAGCUUUGGAACUAGGUAAUGGACAGACAUUGUAGGAGUUUGGAGGGCUCAAAAGAAGACAGAUAGAUGAGAAAAUGUUUGGACCAUCUUCGAGACUGGUUAAAUGGUUGUGACAAAAAUCCUGAUAGAAACAUGGACAGUGAAGGCUAGGCUGAGGAGGCCUCAGAUAGAAAUAAGAAGCUUUCUAGGAAAUGUCUUCCUUUUGGAUAUGGAAAGCUUACACGAUGCCUGUACCAUCAUUGUACCUUAGAAGCAGUGAACUUGCUUUUUAUAUCAGAGGCUCAUAGGAAAAAAGAGACGGGAGCCUUAACUUAGAUGAGACUUUGGACUUUGUAACUUUGAGUUAAUGCUGAAAUGAGUUAAGACUCAUGCUGGCAAGGCAUGAUUGUAUUUUGCAAUGUGAGAAGGACAUGAAGUUCGUAGGGUCAGGGACAGAAUAAUAUGGUUUGUCUCUAUGUCCCUUUCAAAACUCAUGUGGAAUUAUACUCCCUAAUGUUAGAGGUGGGGCCUAGGUGGAAAAAGAUUUAGUCAUAAAAUGGUGCGGGUAGAUCCUUCACGAACGAUGCAGGACCAUCCCCUUGAUGCUGUCCUGAUAGUGAGUUCUCAUGUUAUCUGGUUUUUAACAGGCUGUGGAACCUCUUUCCUCACUCUGUCUUGCUCCUACUCCUGCCAUGGGAGACAGCUCAUUGUCCCUUGGCCUUCUGGUAUAAUUAGGAGGCUUCCUGACUCCUCCUUGAAUCAAAAGACACUAUGCUUCCUUCACAGCCUGCAGAAUCCUGAGUCAGUUAAACCUCUUUUAUUUACGAUAAUACAGAAAAUUAGAACUGCAGAGAGGAGCUAUGAAAUGUCUUGAAGGCCUUUUUCCGUUUGUCUUGGCUAAUUUGCACAGGGCUUCUGUACGUGCAAGUUUCUGAAGUCUCCUUGAAUUUUCCCCCCUUAAAUCAGGUUUUGUGUUAUUACUACGUAGCCAACCCCACUCUAGAGAUACCUGAAAAAGUAGAAGCAGGUUCCAAGUGGAUAACAAACAAAGACUGAGAGGGUUUGGAGGGAUUGGAGAAUGACAGAAGGAAGAGGGCCUGGUAAGAGUGAUUUAAUCAUGGAUGGGAGGUGGGUCAGGUGGAAGGAAAAAGGGGUGGGUAGGGUGAGGAGGAGUAGGCUGGCUGCAGGGUGGUGGAAGGGUGGGGUGUAGUGGGAGUAGGGAGUCACCUACCGCAGAGGCACAGCCUCAUGGACAACCUCUACUAGGGCAGUGCACCUAUGGCUUUGCAAGUUUUAGCCCCCGCGGCUGCUCUCAUGGACUGGGCUAGUGUUGAGUGCCUGCAGCUUUUCCACACUGAGGGUGCAAGCUGUUGUUGGGUCUAUGAAUCUGGCUCUGCCUGUGCAGCAGGCUUCUGCCUGGAAACAGUGGGAGGUGGAGGUGGAGGUGGGGAUGGAGGGGCGGAUCCUUCAACAGUGGUUAUGCACCAUCUUCUUGAUGCUGACCUUGUGAUACGGAGUUCUCAUGAGAUCUGGUUGUAUAAUAGGGUGUGGCACCUCUUUCCUCUCUCAGUCUUGCCCCUACUCCUGCCAUAUGAAGCAUCUCUGUGCCCCUUGCCUUCUGGUAUGAUUGGGAGGCUUCCUGGGUCCUCCCAGAUUCCGAAGCCACUAUAUCUCCUUACAGCCUGAAGAAUUAUGAGCCGUUAAACCUGUUUUCUCUAUGAUCAUAGAGAAAAUUAGUACUGGGAAGUGGAUGUAUGAAAUGUCUUCAAGGCCUUUUCCUUAAUGUCUUGGCAAUCAGCACUCAGCUGUGUGGGAGGCUGGUCUAGGGAUGGAGGACUUAACAGGUCCCCCCAGGUCUGUCAGAACUGGACAGCAGGGUCCUGUCAAAAUCUCUGAGCAGGAUCUCCCAGGUCCAUCCAAACACCGGCUUUGUCCACUUUCGACUGGGCCUAUGGGCACCACUGGGCAUCCCAGCUGUCCACAGGGCCCUUGAUAAUGUGCAUUGCACCUGACAUCUCCCAGCAGUGCUCAAUAGCCCCUGCUGACCAGGUCCCUGCUGACCAGAUCCUUACAUACACUUCCUGCAGCCUGCAUGGCGAUGUUGAGCCCUGUGACAUCUCUGCAAACCUUCUCCCUAGAGCUGCCUAAACUUGGAGGUAGACAGUAAGUAGUGGAAAGAUGGGUUGAACCGUAUUUCAGAGUGGGCUCUUCAUAGGUUUUCCUCAUCUUGUUUUUAGAAGCUUUUGUUGUUUGUGUAAAGACGGUGUUACGGAAACGUAAGGUUCAGUGAAGGAACUCAGGAAGAAGGUGGGCUUGCAGCAUCACUGUCAGCACCCGUCCACGUCCUGCUGCUUCUAGAAAGCAAGCCCACACCAAGCACGGCACAAAUCAAAGCCAUCUCAUGUUAGUACAUAAUAUUCCACAACAUAUAUGGUUUUUUAUUCACAAGAGAAAAUAUUUUUUCUCUACAUACAGUGAAUUUCUUCUUGGGGACUUGUUUUUCUCUAAGGAAUGCUAAAGAAUUUCUGACUGAACGAAUUAGAUGGUAGCUGGAGGCACCGGGAGUCUUCGGCCAGUGCUGAGGGGGACUGACUGGGGAUACAGCUUUCUUGGGGAGCAAGAGCUGGGGAUGUCGCAGGCCCCAUUGCUCAUUGUUGCACCGGACACUUUUCAGCGGCUGUUGAUCUUUCAUUUGCUUCCCCUCUGUUGGGACAACUCUGGCUCUUGAGAGUGGCUCGCUGACUGCUGGUGGCAUAGCUCAGCAUUCUGCUCUCUUCUGAGUAGAAAAAGCCUGUGGUUGCAGGGAAACCCACAGACUGGAGCUUGAAACUCCUGUUUGUGCUGAUUUACCUUCGAGGCCUGGCGUGCAUGCCAAAGUGACUUUUUCUCUCCUCCAGCAUCUGUCCGACUGCUGUCAUGAGCCCCUGAGCUUCAGCACUGCUGCUGUACACACAGGACCUGUUUUUUCCUGUGUUUUGGUUCUCCGCAGUGACUGGUGCUGGCUUCCUUUCUCUCUUUGAAAAACCCGCUGAAAAAAUUGCUUGAUGUUUUAUUGAAGGAGGCUAUUUCUUUGAUGGCAAUGGCUGGACACCUUCAUCGUGAUGAGUGUCUUCUGUUUUUCUGACCUGGGCAAGUUGAGGAGUCUUCAAUUCUUCAAGCCUUUCUUCAUGUCUGUCUUUCUAAGUUGGGCUUCCUAGAGUUCUCACUCCUGUGAGUAGGGGGAAAUAUCGGGCUUUGGGUCUUGCAUGAGACUGUACAUUUGGGUU